AGAUCGAACAUAACAGUAUCAGCAAUGACCACUAUUUAGAGCCUUGACAAUCAUGGCUUGAUACCUUAUACCUUUUACCACUGGAAUGACGUUUGAAACAAUGGAUAAUUUCACAAAGUCUAAUUCCACACUUGGUUAUCUCGAGCUUUUAAAACUUCUUGAAUUGGAAUUGCAAAACAUGACUAGAAACAUAUCAUACAAGGAACCGGAUGUUUAUGUAGUUCCUUUAUCUAUCGUUAUAAUUCUUGCCAUCUUGUACGGGUCUAUAUCAAUGUUGGCUGUUGUCGGUAAUGGGCUGGUUAUCUACGUUGUGUUUAAAGACAAACGGAUGCAGACAGUUACAAAUGUCCUUAUUGUUAAUUUGGCGCUCUCAGACAUUCUUCUUGGAAUGUUUACCACGCCAUUUCAGUUCCAGCCUGCUCUCCACCAGAGAUGGGAUUUUCCAGAAUUCAUGUGUGUCAUUGCGCCCUCUUUUAAAGUCCUAUCUGUUAUCGUCAGUGUACUCACGUUGACAUUCAUUUCUUUGGAUCGAUAUGUAGCAGUAAUGUACCCUUUAAAAGCAGGAUUUUCAAAGCCAAAUGCUGUUUUAAGUCUUAUUCUCAUUUGGCUGUUUGGGAUAGCGUCAAGCUUUCCAGAAGGAUACUUUAACUCAGUUGAACAGAGAUAUGAUCCUGAAAGUAGAAAGUUUAAACCAUUUUGCUUGCCUACAUGGCCUUCGGAAAGCUUUGGAAAGUACUACUAUUGGUACCUAUUGUGCGUCCAAUAUCUGUUCCCGUUGGUUAUAAUCAACGUUGCGUACACGAGGAUUUCAUGCCGUAUCUGGGGAACCAAAGCGCCGGGUGUGACGCUUGACAGAGAAAACGUGCGACAAAGGACGAGAAGGAAGGUUGUCAAGAUGCUGAUCAUCGUGGUCUUGCUCUUUGUACUUUGCUGGAUGCCUCUGCAACUGUAUAAUGUAAUUUCCGAGUUCAACCCUGAGAUUAAUAAGUACAAGUACAUACAAGUCAUUUGGUUCUGCUCCAACUGGCUGGCCAUGAGCAAUUCCUGCUACAAUCCAUUCAUCUACGGCCUUCUCAAUGAGAAGUUCAAGCGUGAGUUCAGGGCACUGUUUUCCAAGGCACGAUGUAUACGGUCCUCUGGGACAUCUGGUCUGAAUGGCAAUGAUCUCACAGACGAUUCAUCAGGGACAAAGCGCAUCAUGCUAACCUUUAGAGCACCAAACAGCAAUGGCCAAGUGGGUCGGUCCUGGCAGACUAGGAUGAAUCGUUCCAGUGUUUCCUACCAUUCCUACGCAAAGGGAACAAAGAGACCGGAUCUUGCUCAUACUUCUUUUUGAAACCACACACCUGUUUCUUGGGUUGUUUUGUCUUUUAGAUGAACGAUACAUGUAUUUUCGGUUAACGUUACAUGCCGAAAAGUGCAAACUGAUAUAGUUGUCGUGCACAGUACUCAUCUUAGACGCCUGCAACGAGCAUACUUCAAUUUGCAAAGAAACUUUUUUAGAAUUACGUCAACUACCAAUGUAAGGGCUGGGUAUUAAACGAUCGGGAUGCAGCAACUUAUUUGUUCAUUGUGCACAAUUGUAUCGUUCAACCUUAGCUUUAAAUUGCGUUUGCAAACACGUUGAAACUCACUAUAGAGCAGUUUCCUUCAUUGUGACCGUACUCUGCUGAUUGACAUGCACGCUUCGCUUAGUAUGUAGUCGCCAUACAUUUUGAUAUAUAAAUCUUUAAGUAUUUAAAUGAUUAGAACUAUAUAUGUUUGAUAUAUUUAAACAUAUACGUUUACAUAUAUUGUAAAUAUUAAAAACUUGAUACGAAAUUUCUGAAGAAAAAAACCGAAAAUGUUAUUAAAUGGAUUUAAACGAUUCGUACACGCAAAUUACGGUGAAUUGCCGCUUGCAAACAUGCAGAUGUCGCCUUAAUCUGGCUAAGAAUAUGUCGUAUCUUCUUAGAUGACCUUGGUCGAAACAUGGUUUAUGACAAACACCAUAAUAUUGGGAUAUUUGAUAUCUUUAAGGUAUUUCGUUGGUUUUAUACAAACACCAUAACAUUGGGAUAUUUGGUUUUUCUAGAGUAUCUCAUUGGUUUUAUAUGCUGUUUAAAAACGGGCCACUUAAUUCUUUACGAGUAAUUGUGCCCCAGACAGGCAAUCGUAGCUAUUUGUGAGUUAGUAAAUAUACCUCGGAAACAGGCAAUCAUAGUUUAUUUUAAAAUAUUUUUUAAAAGAGUCUCUUAUUCAAUUUAAAACAUUAUGGUUUUGCAAAACUUAAUAGCGUUAAUGUCAAGACCUCCACAAUACGCAGACUAUUUAGCAUCUAACAUUAUAAACUCUUUCCUAAUUUGUAU